AUGGCAAUGAUUGAGAAUGUGGGUGGCAGAUUCCGCGCAGUGGUCGAGACAGCAGUCGUUGUGGUCAAGACGGUUGUUGCCGACGACACCGUGGUCGUAGAGGACAGAGUCCGCGUGGUUGAAGGUGUGACGGUCACCGUCGCCGAGGUCUGUGUAACGGUGGUGGUGACGGGCGCUCUCGAAACUGUAGAUGUUAAGGUCGUUGUCCUUGUGGUCACCUGCGCGCGCAAGCAGUUGCAAGCAGAAGAGAGUGGAGUGCCGGAGGGAUAUCUCGUCAGGCAGAGAGGUUGCGGCACUGUGGAUGCUUGA